AUGCAGCAGUCACCGCGAAAAUAUGCUUUGAUUUGUGUGUUAUUGACACUGAUGCUGUUGGAUGUUUGGUUGAGGGUCCACAGUUUCUUGAACUCACCCGAUGCAGAUCUCCAGGGUGAAACUACCCCAAUUGAUAUUGCCAACACCGAGGGAACGCAGUCUGCGAACAACAGCAGCAACAACACUCUGGUGCCCUCAGCAAAGUUGGAGACUGGAUUGCCAAAGUUCCCUCCUGACAGCAUUCCACCAUUUCCAGCUGAUGUCUUGGCUAGGUUUCGCGAAAAGGGCCAGUUUCCAUCGGACAUGAAUCAAGUCAAACAUAUCUUUGCUGUAAUGGAGAGCAACAAAGUCACACACUUGGAGCCUACAUGGGAAUCAUUCCGAAAGCAUGUUACACAUGAUGCUCUCAAUAAUCGUAUCAAAGGUGAGGCCACUUUGCGAGGUACCCAUCCACAUCAUUUCAUGCAUCUACCUGCCUGGGAGAAAGACUGGGGAGGCGUUGCUGUCUUCUCCAAUGUCUUUAUUAUGGGAGAGCCUCCAGUGGUAUUUGAUGGCAACAUUGCAUUUGAACCUCGCUCUGUAUGUAUCGGUGAUAAAACGAAUCAGGAAGCACGCAUCAUUGACAAUGCCGCUGCCAUGGCUGCAAAUGGGAGCACAAUUCUGCAAUCAGAACAGCAAUAUGAUGUUUUGAUUUCUCAAUGCUAUGGCCAAGCUUACUGGCAUUCCAUUGUAGAGAACCUUCCCCGUUUGGUCUAUGUCCGAGAUUUCAUUGCAGAGAACAAGAAUUUGACUGCCAUCUGGCCACGUCAAGACUUCCUUGCACAGGACCAUCGACCCCAAGCAUUUUGGAAUCCAAGCUUCUUCCAGGAUACGAACAACCCAAAAUGGCAUGAACAUUCAAGAUUUGAAGUUGUCUUUGCCCGGCGCCUGGUAGUUCCUGCUGGAUCGUAUGCUCAGAACAGCCAAGUUGCUGAAGUACGAAACCUCCUUGUAAACCUUGUUGAUAGCCAUCCGCAAAUGAAACAACUACGUCAGCAGGCUCAACCCUCCAAAAAAGUCAUCCUCUUCCAUCAUCGCAAACCCGGCGGAACAAGAUCUUUGCUCAACUCUCACGAACUUCGAGAAGCAUUAAAAUAUUCCUUUUCACAUUGCUGCGUGGUAAAAGACUUUGCCCACAAUGGCACCGCUGAUGAGGCUGCGGUUCUACACAACCAGGCUGAUAUUGUGGUUGGUCCACAUGGUGCGGGGAUGGCUAAUCUUGUCUUUUCCGACCCUAAGAAAUUGAUUGGAGUUGUAGAAAUCCAUCCCAACAUUUAUGACGAUAGAUUCAAAGUGAUGAAUUGCAACAGACAACUUGCCGAGAAACUUGGAAUCCCGUUCAAGAUGCUCAUUACCAAGGACGGCUGGAGGGAGUCCCCUUUAACCGCAAACGUUCCAGAGGUCAUUGCUGCUGUUCACGAAAUGCUUCAGGUUUGA